AUGGUACCGAAAGAUAGUCCGACUGAAUACACGACCCGAGCAUGGCUGGUCAUAUUCGGCGCCUUUACGUGUACCUUUUGCACCGUGGGAUUUAUGAACUCGUUCGGUAUCUUUCAAGAGCACUACACAAAGAAUCAGCUAUCGUCAAGUUCCACAUCUACCAUCGCAUGGCUCGGGGCCAUAGCAAUCUUUUUCUUGUUCGCUACGUCUGUCGGCGCGGGAGCAAUGCUUGAUAUUUUUGGGCCAACGUUGAUGGUAUAUGUUGGCUCAUUUGGGUGUGUUUUUGCACUUAUGAUGAUUUCACUAUGCGAAGAAUUCUAUCAAUUUCUACUCGCCCAGGGUGUCGUGCUCGGUAUUUCAAUGGGUCUGGUGACAUGGCCAAUGCUCGCAUUGGUCGGACAAUAUAUCAAAUUAAAGCGUGCUGCGGCGAUGGGGAUUGUUCUUGCGGGUUCGUCGCUCGGCGGAGUCAUCUGGCCCAUUGCAAUCGAUAAACUGAUCAAUGCUCCCCAUAUUGGCUUUCCCUGGACCAUGCGAAUCGUUGGUUUUAUCAUGAUUCCUUGCCUCAUCUUCUCUUGCGCAGUUGCCAAAUCUCCGAUGACGCCUACAACUAAUGUGGAGAGUCGCAAUUUAAAGCGUGAAAGCGACGAAAAUACCAUUGAAGAAAAGGACAAAUCGCAAAGUCACAUAGCAGAGACCGUGGCCCUUUUACGAAAGCCAUCGCUACAGCUACUGUGCCUCGCCAUGUUCACUACAUUCUUUGGCAUGUUCUCGCCGUUCUUCUAUACGACUUCUUACGCGGUUGAGAAGGGUUUCUCGACAUCGCUGGCAUUCUAUACUGUUUCCAUUGUGAAUGGCGCUUCAUUCUUCGGCCGAGUCCUCCCCGGCAUCGUUGCUGAUAAGUACGGGAAAUUCAACUGCUGCAUUAUAGCCACUAUAUCCGCAGGGGUUGUUGCAUUGUGCUGGACCAAGGUGACAUCUGUGGCCGGUCUGGUAAUUUGGUCCGCUGCAUACGGAUUUGCGUCUGGAGGCAUUUUAUCCCUCCAGCAAGCUUGUGCCGCCCAGGUUGCUACUUCUACCACUCUUGGUUUGGCAAUCGGGACUGUGUCAGGUUCCACAGCUCUAUCUGCUAUGGCAAAUGUACCUAUUGGUGGUGCUCUACUUGAAAAAUAUGGGUAUCUCUCCCUGUCAAUAUUUUCGGGGACAUCCUUGCUACUAGGUGGUUUCCUGUUGAUUGCUGCACGUCUGGUACAGAACAGACAACUUCGAGCUAUAGUGUAG